AUGGCGCUGCUUUCUGAUCCGUUGGCUACAUGGGCUAAGGAGAUUGUUGCAAUGCGGACCCCUGCAGUGUUGUCAGGGUUGCUAGCUCCGGUGACGUCUGGAUCUGCAACUGGGGUGGGCAGAUCUGCGAAAAAGGUUUUUGUUCUGCAAAAUUACACUAGAUGGAUAUUUCAUGGGGAAGAAGAUCCGUGUAGGGUAAAUAUUACUGGCAACUUCCACUCCGUGGGUAUGAAUGCAACGAUAGAUGGGAUUGAUGAGGUUGAAGAAUUGUUAGGUGAUGUGCGUAUGGGGACAUUUCUGGAUGCAAACAUAGGCGAAUCCUAUGAAACUAAAGGUUCCACGACUAACGAUCACGAACAGAGAACAUCUUUUGACCGAUUAUGUGUAGAUGGUCUGAGAGAACUUUAUCCAAGCUGUAAGAAAAUUUCAAAAAUCUCUUUCAUUUUGAAGAUGCUUCAUAUAAAGGCAAUUUGCAACAUGUCUAACAAGGCAUUUGAUAUGAUGAUUGACUUGAUAAAGGGAGCUCUUCCAGAUGGAGAGACAUUGCCACGCUCAUACAGAGAAGCAACACAGUUUACCCAAGACUUGGGUAUUGGUUAUGAGUUGAUACAUGCAUGCAAGAAUGACUGUUAUGUGGCCAGUAGUAUUAGCGCCGUACAAUUUACCUCCGUGGAGGUGUAUGAAGGCUCCAAAUCUGAUAUUGUCAUUAAUUACGACGCGGCAACGAAAGAGACAUUUCAGUUGCAUGCGGCAUUACUAUGGACAAUAAAUAAUUUUCCCGCAUAUGGAAACUUGUCUAGGUGGUCUACCAAGGGAAGCCUUGCAUGUCCAAUAUGUAACAAGAAUACAACAUUCAAGAAAUUGAAGUAUGGGUGUAAGACGUGUUACAUGAGUUAUCGUAGUUGGCUUCCUAAGGGCCAUAUAUGGCGCCGAAAAGGAGAAUUGUUCGAUGGUACUGAAGAGUAUAGAUUAGAACCUAAAGAAUUAUUCAAAGAUGAGUUGUUGCAACAACUAACGCAUGUUAUCGGUGUGCAAUUUGGGAAAGGAAGUGGGACGAAGAGAAAGUGCACAGAUGUUAAGUUGAAUUGGACAAAGAAGAGUGUUUUCUUUAAGUUGCCAUACUGGUCAAAAUUAAAACUACGACACAAUUUAGAUGUCAUGCACAUUGAGAAGAACAUAUGUGAUAGUGUCUUAGGUACGUUGAUGAAUAUUGAUAGGAAGAUAAAGGACAUAUACAAGGCACGACUAAAUUUACGUGAGAUGGGUAUAUGUAAAGAAUUGCACUUGCAGAGAAAUGGUGCAACCACCACGAUGCCACUUGCGAACUACACAUUGACAAGAAAUCAGAGAAAAAUGUUAUGUGACUAG